UUUUAUGGUUUUUUUUUUAUAUAGUUAUUUUAGUUUCGGUUUUGCCAUCACGUUUGCAACGUGGCGUCAACUACGCCAUAAUAGGAGGGAUUGAAGUUUUGCUUUACAAAUUGCAGGACGCCAAAUAGAAGGCAUUUCAAAGGCAGAAGUUGAAAGUUUCAGGGACAUGGAGAAAAGUGAACAAAAGCGAAAUGACCCGCGCGGAAGUCCAGAGUAUGUCAAAAACCCACACGUGGCUGCCAUGAAAGAAGACAUCCUGUACCACCUUAAUCUUGGGACAGGAACUCAUGACCUCCCAGCCAUGUUUGGGGAUGUCAAAUUUGUGUGUACUGGAGGCAGUCCCACUAGAAUGAAAGAAUUCAUUGAGUACAUUGCUGUUGUACUCGGGAUGGAAGACCCCAAAUCAGAGUACCCAAACAUCUGUGAAGGAACGGACCGCUUUGCCAUGUACAAAGUUGGCCCAGUGGUUUCUAUCAGUCAUGGGAUGGGUGUUCCAUCUAUUGCCAUUAUGUUGCAUGAAGUAAUAAAACUCCUUCAUCAUGCAGGCUGCACAGAUGUUACAAUAAUACGCAUCGGGACAUCAGGUGGACUUGGAGUUGAACCAGGUACAGUGGUAAUUACUAAACAGGCUUUGGAUGGAAAAUUCCAGCCUAAGAUGGAACAGAUCAUUCUGGGAAAGACUGUGGAGCGCAGCACUGAGCUGGACCAAGGUCUGGCCGAGGAGCUGUUGCAGUGCAGCAAAGAGCUGAACCAGUUUCAAACUGUGACUGGCAACACCAUCUGCACAAUGGAUUUCUAUGAAGGUCAAGCUCGUUUGGAUGGAGCGUUCUGCUCCUACACGGAAAAGGACAAACAGGAGUAUCUCCACAAAGCCAAAGAAGCAGGAGUCUGCAAUAUUGAAAUGGAGGCAACAGCCGUAGCUGCCAUGUGCAAUCUGAGUGGCUUGCGUGCUGCUGUGGUUUGUGUGACCCUGCUGGAUCGACUGAAGGGUGAUCAGGUGACAUCUUCUCACGAGGUUCUUCAGAAGUUCCAACAAUCUCCUCAGAUACUGGUUGGACACUACAUCAAAAAGCAGCUGAAGGCCAAAGCAGUGCAAGGGUAAUUUCAUUCAGUACUUAAUGGUACUGAAUUGCUUGCUUGGAAGUGCACAUUAUUUUUGCUAAUCAUUUUAUUCUUAUAUUUCACUGCAUUGACCAAAGUAUCCGACUGAUUCCUCGCACCUGUUUUCUUCCCGCUGUCAAUGAUUACAUUGAAAUGAAAAACUGCCAUGUAUUGCACUAUAUGCCACAUGUGUCAAACUCAAGGCCUGUGGACCAAAUGUGGCCACUAACUCACUCAGGUCCAUGCUACAGAGUUUUUUUAACCUAAAAAAAAUGAUUUGAUCACACGCAGCAGCGUACAAUCUUUGUAACCUGAAUAGAUGAAGAUGAUCACUUGCAGGAACAUUUAUUAAUAUGUUAUGGCGCAGUUAAAUCUACACAGACUUCCAUUUACAGCCGGCCCUUCAAGGGGAACUGUUUUUUUGACGUGCCCCCUCAGUGACAGUGAGUUUGACACCGCUGCUGUGUGUGUUCAAAUGUUUAUUGUUACGGCACUAGUGGCUGUGUGUAUCUGUGUUUGCCUUCGGUGUUUCGCUCUCUUCCUCUUCAGUUUCAGGUGAGCAGCAUCUGCCUGAUGUGUUCUAGUCAGGGAUAUAAGGAGAACACCGGCGUGCCUUCAGGGCCUCCCUGCCUCUUUGUGUGCCAUAAUAAUAAUGUAGUAGUAGUUGCAGCUUGUUAUCUCAGCGUGUCAGUAUUCCUUUUGAUUGCUCCUUGUUUAUCCCGAUCAUUUAUUUUGUGUUUUGAUUGAGACCGGCUCAUUGCGUUUGCUCAGCUGAUUAUUUCAUUAUACUUUCGUAUUAAAAGCACUGUUUUACAUAUCAAA